AUGUCAUCAAGACUUCUUCCUGCUUUGAUAUUUCUUUGUGCUUGCUAUGGUGGUCUCGCUUCCAACCUGGAAGAAGCAAAAAAUAGUCAUCCUACUUUUGUCACUGCUUUGUACUAUACAGAAUGGUCAUUCUAUUACAAUCAUUAUCCAAUUGAUAUACCUUUGUCUCAUAUCACUAACAUCUAUUAUGCUUUUGCGAAAGUUGACCUCAAAUCAGAAGGCGUAUAUUGGGGCGAUGAAAGUGUAGCUUUGAAAGAGAGCAUCCCAUUGAUUCGUGAGGAUAUAAAUAGUUCACUUGGUGCACGAGAUGAGAGGGUAUAUUUUAACAAUUUUACUAAAACUUCGUCUAAAGCUGAGCUAAUGGUCAGUUCCACAGGGCUGAUAGGCCAGCUUCUACAAAUGAAAGAGCUCAAAAAGGGGCUCAAAGUCUCCCUUGCCAUUGGAGGGGAGAAUACUAACCAUGUUUUUGAAAGGGCCACGUCAAGUGAGGGGAAAAUUGAGAGAUUUUGUCAAAAUCUCGUGAACACAAUGAGAAAACAUGGAUUUGACGGUAUAGAUGUUGACUGGGAAUUCCCCGAUCCAAAGUCCACCUCAAAUCUGAAUAGUCUAAUCGAAACUCUCAAAGAAAAGCUAACUUUCGCGGAGAAAGAGAAUGGGAUGCUUCCUAAUACGUAUCUCUUAUCGCUAGCUCUUCCGUUGGAUAUCUCAUCCUUAAAGACGUAUCAGUUUGAGACCCUUCGAAACUACGUGACUUACUUCAACUUGAUGGGUUAUGAUAUUACUGGUCCUUGGUCCGAAAGGGCUAAUUAUCACUCCAACCUCUAUUCGCUGGAAACAAAUUCUACCUCCAGUGUUGAUUACGCAGUUCAAUAUCUUUUGAGUAAGAUUGACAAAAGCCAACUCAUUUUAGGCAUGCCAAGUUAUGGAAGAAGCUUCGAGGGCAUGGGUAUUGGAUUACCGUUCAAAGGAUGCGCGAAUGUUGCGGGUAUUAAUCAAGAACAAAACCAGUGUAUCGUGAACUAUCAUAGCUUGCCGCCCAAGGACUACACUGAGGUUCAUAAUUUCACUGCAGGAUCCUCUUAUGCCUACAGCAAUAAAGGACUAGGCAUUGUCUUCUACGACUGCUCACAAGCUGUACGCCAAAAGGCGAAUUACAUCAAAAAUCUAGGUCUUGCAGGUGGGUUUUGGUGGGACUCCUAUGGCGAUAAUUAUCGAGUGAAGGAAAACAGAUCGCUGCUCUAUAACUUCGUUGACGAACUAGGUGGGCUGCACAUGCUAAAGGUGAAUGAUCUAAGAGACAACUUUCAUGUAGAUGAUACGCAUGGGACUACCUCAUCUUCAUAUGCAACACAGUGCUCGUCUCCCGAAGUUCACGUUUUUCUAAUAUUUGUUUUCUCAUGGGCUUUCUUCAUUAUGGUAUUCAUCUUAUAG